GGAGGGGGCGCUGAAAGAAGAGCUGUGAUGCAGACGGCGAAUCACAUGAGCAGGGAUCUGUUUACAAACUGAGCUGCAGACGAGAAGUGCAGAUCAGAGACGAGGAAGGAGAGAGAGAGAGAGGAACAGAGAGAAUGAGAGAAAGAGACAGAAGAGAGAAAAAGUCAAGAGAAGAGAGGACACACUGACACACUGUCUGUCUGUGUUAUGUUCCUCCCUGUGUUCUUUGUUCUGAGGGACACAUGAGACGGGAACACUGAGGCUGCCUCUCUGCAGGCUUGCUUGUCUGUUUGGCUCGUGCUGCUGGGAAACCCAUCCAUGUCCUUUCCUUUGUCUCUCCAUAAGUGGCCACGGCAAGAUUUCACAGCCAGACAGGAGGACAACGUGAAGACGUGGACAUCAAAAAGGAGAGGACAGAGGGAGGAGAAGAAAGGAAGAGGAGGAAGACAGAGGGAGAGAGACUUGUGAUGAUGUUUUGAAAGGAGACAAACAACAAAAAAAACACAGACGUAGCUCUUCCAGAGGUAUAUGAAUAAUUGCCGGAUUGGAUUUGGAGUAUAUCAUCUUAUUCUGUCAGUGACAUUAGUGUAUUUUCAUCCUCAAGGCUCUCAGGUUCAUCUCCAGGACUGUUUUCUUUGUCUGCCAGUGGACAUAACAAAGGAACAGUUCUCUCUCUGACACAUUUGGGAGUUUAAAUCUUGAACCAUGUGGAUGCUUGUGACAAGAUUUUGGAAGUAAAUCAUCACAACAGACUGAGGUUUCAUUUUUGCAGCUGGUUAUUUAGGUCAUACCAUCUUGAGGAGUUUCUGCCCAGGUCUGCUUACUAACAUGCAGACUUAACUCACCGCACUUCCACUCUAUCAUCUAACAGGGUGAAGCAGUCUGAAGGUCUCAGUAGUGACGAGCAGGUUAAAACUUGCUCCUUUGUAAGAGAGACUUUGAAGAGGUCACAACCUGCAAAGAUUUUGUGGGUUUGCAGACCAAACACAUUUGAUGCAUCCUGUCCAGUGGUGCAGCGGGUGUCUGUGUGAUCUUGGAUUACAGAACGUCGACCCAUACUGCAAGAUGUCGUCUGAAGAGCUCUUCCACCUCCCGCUCAACGUCUACAUCAUCGUCCUGGGCAUUGGACUCUUCAUCCUCAUGCUUAGCCUCAUCUUCUGCUGCUACCUGUUCAGACUGAGGCGACAAGGCUCCAGAGAGCAGUACGGAUACAAUGAGGUUGUUUUGAAAGGAGCUGGGAAGAAGCUUAGCCUUCUCGGACAAACAUGUGCGGUGUGUUUAGAAGAGUUUCGCAGCCGGGACGAGCUUGGAGUCUGUCCAUGUUCACACGCUUUUCACAAGAAGUGUUUGCUGAAAUGGCUAGAGAUCCGCAGCGUCUGCCCCAUGUGCAAUAAGCCCAUAUGUCGCCUCCAGCCCGACCCCCCGCAAGCUCCUGAGCGGCCACAGAGUCUCCUGGAGGUCUGAGAGGGGGACAUGCAUCCAGCAGCCUGUCAGGCUCUCUCCAGACAAUUGACACCUGUCACCAUGGAGACUCCUGUUUCAUUAUCCCAUCAAAAGAUUGUAGUUCUGGGAUUGCAAACAUUUUUAUCUGGCAAAGAUGCUCUGGAGGUAAAAUUAUAAAAUGACCGAGUUGAAUCAUGAUCGCAGAGACUAGGAACCCAUCCGGGGAUCAUGAGGUGAGAUUGCCACACUGAGACCAUUGAGUGUACAUAAAGAUGGGUGUUAUGUCUCCACCUGCUGUAGAAAAGUGAAUUCAGAAUGUCCCCAGACAUGUGCUGAAAGCGUGCGUUUGUAGCCAAAGUCUGCUCUGUAGGGGGGAGCUCUCAGAGCCACAGUAUUGUUGUCCCAUGAUUCCCACUAAAAUAAAUGAACCUAUAACAAUAACAGAAGACAUGUUUGAGACAUGUUUUGCUUUUAUAAUCCAACCAAUGUUUAAUAUGUUAACACAGAGAAGGCAGGCAUUAUGACCUACACUGCUACCAGUCAGUAGGGGGAGCCCAGAAUGUUUUAGCUUCACUUUUGGGGAGCUGCUCUGUCAUUCAUCUUUUUUUAACAGUCUGUGUUGACUUAUUUUAAUCCUGUAAUAGCGUACUUGCUAGCAGAUAAAUGCCAGUGUUCAAAUUUACUAUUGUUGGUGUGUAAAUGACAAGAAGGUCCAGAGCCGUCUCCAAUAUCUUGCUCUUCAAUCGCUCCUUUAACCGUGUUUUGUUUAUUUUAUAGGACUGAUAGCCUCAGAUUGUUAUUCUAAGUGUCUGACAAUGUGAAGGAUCUCUGAAGGGAUAAACCCUUUUGUUAUGGAGAACUUUUUUAUUUUUGAAAUCAGAAACAGGUGUUUUAUUUUUCACUUCAAACAUCAGGACCCAGUUAACAAAGAACAGUUAUUUUUCCUGGCAAAACACAGAAGCUGCUGAAAAUUGUAUAACUCGAUCACAGGAGCUUGGAGACCAUUCUUGCCUUUGACUGCGCAUGCACAUGACAGCUGCUAUACGUUCCCUGCGUCUGAUCGGGUUGUUGGAUAUGCAUGUCCCCAAAAACUAACACGACAUGGACACAAUAAGAAGCACAAAGGACCAGUAGGGGCAGUGUAGAGGCAGAGCUUGUGUGACACGACACGGAAAGCAUGGACACAAAAAUAGCACAAAGUUUUAGAGACACCCUGAUAGACCAAGACUGCGAUCAUCCACAUCUGUAUGACGUGUCUUCAACACUGCACAGUGACUAACAUGCCUGUUAAAAUAGCUGGCAAGAGAAAAGUUCUCUUGGGGAAAUCUGCAAAACUUAAUGGAGACAAGUCCAGAACUGUUCAUUUGAAGCACAGAACAAAGUAUUGAAACCAAGUGUGGCCUGAUGAUGUGUUUUGACAGUCACCUGAGAUUGCUCGGGUCAAUCACUGCUCUCUCGUGCGCCCUCUAGAGGUAUCCUCCACAAAGACAAGUAAUGCAUGGGCAAGUCUGUGCACAAUUUUGUUCAUGACGUUGUGUAUGUGAAUGCAAGGUUAAACAUGAAUAAGCACAUUUCCUGGCAGAUUCCAGCUAUAUCAUCUCAACUGGUGCAGUUUCUAAAAUGGUUUGAUCCCACUUCUCAUUUACACACCAAAACAUUUAAAACAAGCAACAGGGUAAUUGAAAAAACACUGGAAUCCCAGUGUAAGCUUGUGCACAAGUGCCUCAAAGUGGCACCAAAAACAAUCAGUGUUUAUGAGAUUGGUGUUCAGAUAGCGAAUCCACUUCAAACACAUGUAUUAAUGACCAAAGGUGACAGACAUUAGAUAAGUUAGAUUAGAGGCUAAGGGGACUUUUGUUUGCUUGAACCACAAAUGAGCCAUCGUUCUCAAUCCCCAGGCUUCAGAGGGCUCGUUCUCAUGAAAGGCUCCACAAACGCAUUUUUUUAUGGUUGAAUAAACUCCUCAGCCUGAAGGGAAAUGUGGUUAAAUUCACCCACUGAAAGACUUUUUUGGCUGUUCUCGAGAAACUAUAACAGAGAUAUUACUUUGUUUCCUGUCAAAUCAACAAAUGGUUUUCAUUAACAGCAGAAUGUAGAGAUCUUAGCGAGUUGGAAGAUGUUUAGUUUCAUGAUAUGAAAUAGAUAGCUUCUUCUUUUCACCACUGCAUCAUGCAAACAGCUUUGCAAGCCCAUACACAUUUGAAGGAUGUUGUCACAGGCAGAUACUGCUGUGACCAAACUAAAAAGAUUAUUUCUGCCUCCAGAGCUGUUCUGCCUCCUAGAAAUGUUUGCAUGGCAACUUCAGUCUGGCCUUUUUCAGUUUGUCCCAAGCUGACACGCAGACAGAAAGAGACACAUAAAUAGGAUGGUUUCUUUUACUACAAGUUUAGAGCCCAGGGCUUGGAAAUAAGAAAAUUCAACCAUCAGAUACCAGCUCUGAAGAAGCUAGGUCAUCCUUCGGCUCAUUGUUGCCCCGGAUUUGACGGCAAAUGCAGACACUGGGAUGGAAGUGCAGCUGUGGAAAGGAACUUUCACUAAUCAGGUCAAUUGUAAACUAACAAGAUUGAACAGUGUACAUUUUUCUUGUAAUCUUCCAUAGUUUCACAGUUAAUCAGCUCCAUCCUACGGUGUUUUGACAAGCUUAGUGAAGCUCUAAAAGACAGAUGAGUCAUAUAGGAUCUGAUAUAAAAGACAACUACAGGCUAUAACAUGCCUGUUCAGCUCAGUCAUAGACUGUAAGAUGUGGAUAGAUCCAUCAGAUGAAGCCUGAAAUUUGGCAUGUUGGCCCUCCCCAUCUUGUCAUGUUGGAGUUAGAAGUGACCAUAUUUAGACCAGAGGGGGAAGCUGAAGAGGGGUGAAAGCUGAGUUACCUGCUAAGUCUUGCAUGAGCAAGCAAAGCUGACAUGGUGCAUCCAAAUUUAACAGGGACAUUGAAUGGUAAACUAAUUAAAGCUAGCAAAAUUUUAAAAGCCUUCAAAAAUAACUACAUGAUAAAGAUGGCACCUCAGAGUCUCAUUUUGUACAACUGACAUUUUUCAGCAGCUUCUCAAUAACCCCGCCAUAAAACGUAACCUUCUUAGUAACCAAAAUAUUAAAAUAAUACUCUUUAUAGGGAGACUUGAAACUUGCCAUUACGACCAUACGAUUGUCAUGAUGAUGUUUAUUGUGGUAGUUAAUCAAGUGAGAAGUAGGCUCAUUUUCUCAUCUGCUUCCAUAGAAAUUUGUAAUGCAACAAUUGGAGUCUCGCCCUGCUGGUCAUUAAAAGAAAGCAGGUAAAAUGCACUUGAGCAUUGGUUUCAUUUUUCAACCUUAAGCCUAUGUCCACAUGAAUAUGCAGUCUAUGGCCAUAUUUAACCGAAUCAACCGCUCAAAUAACAAAUAUGUGGGUUUGUUGUUAUUCCAAGUGACCUGUUUUGUCUCAUAACUGGCAGUCAGUGAAAGAUAUCGUGUGUCAGUGAUGGUAAAACACUUUGACUGUCAUUUGUCAAAUACUCAGAUGUUAUCUUUUCCAGUGGGACAGAACUGAACGGACAGAAAUCUAAGCUCUCAGCUUCUCAGACCUGCUCAGCAGAGUAGUGAUAUAAAUAGACUCACUGCACUGAUACAAAGAGCCUGUUUGAGCUGGUUUCUUGUCUGAGGGAGGUGCACUAUUAACUUCAUUCUGUAUGUACUAUGUAAUAUACUAUGAGUACUGUGUAUACUGUAAAUGCCUAUACGUUUUAUGACUUUGAAAUAAAAAUAUAGCCAGUGUUUUGAUAA